AUGGUCAAUUUAUUGAAGUCUGGAUCAUAUGAAGUUCCUUCAACUAAUCUAUAUCAAAAUAUGAUAAGUGAAUCCAUAGAAACGUGUGAAGCAUUUUUAAAAGACACAGUGAAAAGUCCGUUAACUACCAAACACUUCGAAACUUAUUCAACACGCAACGACCGUUAUCGUCUAUGGGAUGGUUCGAAGUCUUGUGAUAACUUCAAACAACUAAUUGAACAACCUGUUUGGUUGAGUGAGGAAGAGAAAUCAUAUCCAAUUGCAUAUUCCCUACUAAUUUAUGAUGAUGUUGAAUGGACAGCUCGACUACUGCGUUUAAUUUAUCGUCCGAACAAUCUUUAUUGUAUUCAUGUGGACAGGAAAUCGCCUGAAUGGUUUUAUGAGGGAAUUGUUAAUCUGUCUAGAUGUUUCGGUGUUAAUGUUCUGGUAGUGAAUCGAUCUGAGAGCAUCCGUGUAGUUUGGGGGCACUAUUCAGUAGUGGAGGGAUUUCUUGCUUGUUCUGAGUUGUUAUUCAACAACCCAACUGUUAAAUGGCAAUAUUUGGUGAACAUCAACGGGAAAGAAUUACCAUUACGAACGAAUUGGGAAUUAGUAGCUGCACUGAAAGCGUUGAAUAUGUCCAAUAUCAUUGACUGUGCUAGAAAAAAUGCUCCUGAAGAAAGAAUACCCUUAAAACAACCGAAUUUUGUAGUAAGUUUAAUGUAA